AUGUUUGUUCUAGGCAUAUCUACGCAAGCCGCGCACGAUCAAACACCACAGUCCCCAAUAGGCUUUGGUUUUCUCCCUCUGCCAGCAGAACUGCGAUACCGAAUCUAUUCGCUAGUGUUGCCAAUCAAUCUAACCAUUGAACUCAAGGCUAUCUGGCAAAAGGGCAAGCCUCUGUUUGUCGCCUAUGACCUGGGACUGCAUGCAGAGGAUGCAGUCCCAAUUGGUGGAACGACUUCCUGUUUGGAUACACGCAUCCGUCCCCCGUACCACCUCGCUGUCGAAACGCAAUUAUUCCGAGUAAGCAAGCUUGUCUCAAACGAGUCCCGGUGUACCGUCCUCUAUGGCAUGAACACGUACAAAUUCACCAUCCAUGGAAGAGCCAUAUGGCCCAAGUCGCUGAGGAGCCCAUACAUUUUUGGAUCUCUUGGCCACCCUCUCCGACUUGCACUGCUACGCGACUUGCGUCGCAUCCACAUCGACCUUGUUGCUGACGUUGACAGCCACUGGGCAGUCAAGCGCCAACGAGCACGCCUAGAAUAG